CGAGGGUCUGCCCCAGCCCCAGCCCCAGCCCCAGGAGGAGGAACCUGUAGCAGGACAUGGCUGAGAAUUGUGCAAGUGGGGACGGCCCCCAGAGGAAUGUAAAAGCAACUUCCUGCUUCCUUGGCACCCGUUCUCAGUUCCCUUUUCCACCCUGCUAUAAACACGCCGGUUACAGCAGCAGGAUCAGAGGGGAGCAUCCGCCAGCAGCCAGCUCAGCACGGACGGUUCCUCUGCACUCCUGUAAGGAUGGUAGCGCAUCGCCUGGCCCUGGCUGCCUCCGUGCUGGCCAUCUGCACGGUGCUCAGCAGGGCCACUAACCCCGGCUUUGUGGCCAGAAUCACUGUUAAAGGCCUGGACUACGCUCGUCAGGAGGGCAUCGCUGCUCUGCAGAAGGAAUUAGCCAAGCUGAAGCUGCCAGACUUCUCGGGGUCCUUUAAAGUCAAGCUCUUAGGAAAGGUGCACUACACUUUCUACAGCCUGAACCUUCGCAGUUUCCAGUUGCCGAGUUCACAGAUUGCCCCGAUCCCCAACGUGGGCCUGAAAGUCUCCAUCGCCAACGCCUUUGCCCAGCUGACAGGGAAGUGGAGGGUGAAGAAGAGAUUUGUCAGGGACAGUGGGUCGUUUGACCUGAAGGUUGAGGGUCUCUCUAUCUCUAUUGGUCUGAAGCUGGGCAGCGACACCUCUGGGAGACCCACCAUUACCACCUCGGAGUGUGGAACCCACAUCUCCAAUGUUCGGGUGCACAUUUCGGGCAGGUUUGGCUGGCUGUACAAUCUCUUUCACAAGAAGAUUGAGUCCAGCUUCAGGAGGACAAUGGAAGGCAAGGUCUGUGGAGCGGUGACCAGCUCUGUCACCACCAAGCUGCAGCCCUAUCUCCAGACUGUGCCAGUCACAGUAAAGAUAGACAAGGUGGCUGGGAUUGAUUACUCCCUGGUUGCACCUCCUGCGGUAACAGCCCAGUCUCUGGAUGUGUAUCUGAAGGGUGAAUUUUUUUCCCUGGCCCAUCACUCUGCCAUCCCCUUUCCUCCUCCUGCACUGGCCCUCCCGGUGGAUCAUGACCGCAUGGUUUACUGCGGGGCCUCCAGUUACUUCUUCAACACAGCCGGCUUUGUGUACCACACAGCCGGGGCCCUGCUCUUCGAGAUCACGGAUGCCAUGAUUCCUAAGGAGUUUAAAUUCCAUUUGAACACCUCCACCUUUUCAGCCUUCAUUCCCCAGCUGGAAAAGAUUUACCCAGACAAGCUGAUGAAGCUCAGGAUUAAAACCUCUUCAGCUCCAUUCCUGACCAUCACACCUGGGAACUUGUCGCUUAUGCCUGUUGUGGAUAUCCAAGCAUAUGUUAUCCUACCCAACUCCUCCCUCAUCCCUGUCUUCCUCCUCAGCGUGACCAGCAGCGUUUCAGCCAAGAUUAUGGUGACCUCUGCCCGGAUAGGUGGGACCCUGGAACUUGGCAGGCUGCAGCUGUCACUGAAGCACUCGGAUGUCGGCCCUUUCUCCGUGCAGCUGCUGCAGGUGCUCAUGAACUUCUAUGGCUCAAGCAUCCUGAUCCCACGCAUCAAUGCAAGACUCAAGAAGGGCUUCCCCCUCCCACUGCCAGCUCACGUUCAGCUCUCCAACCUCAUCAUACAGCCCCGCCAGAACUUCCUGCUAUUUGGAGCAGACGUUCGUUACGUGUAGAGGCCAAGGCCGAGACACUGAAAGAAAUGACCGAUAUGAAAAGACAACGUUCCUCUUUCCCCUGAGCAGCACCUGGCCUUGUGAAUGGAUAGCAGGCUCCCGCCUUUCCUCUUUGCCUGCGCCACACCCACCUCAUGCCCAGAGAGGACUUCAGAUUCCCUCCUUCCCCCUGCAAUUCACUGCUACCAAAGCUGUUUGUCCAGGAGUAAAAAACAUGUGAUUUGUCUCCAAAGAAAUUCCUCCCCUGCCUGUCUCGGUCUGGAUCACUGAGCACUGGAUAGACAGAGGAGCAGCAAGUGCAUUUGAACAAAAAGAAAAACCAAGCAAACAAGCUUCCCUUCCACAGCCUUUGAUUCUAGGAACCGUUCUGGUAUGUGCUGCUCUCCAGCACACAGGAACCGAUCCAGCUCCCAGGAAAGAUGCCUAUUGGCU